UUUCUGGGCCUGAACAAUUUAAAAUUAGUCCCGUCCACAUUGGCGAUAACCACCUGACACCUCUCCAUUGUGAGUAUAAUCUUGAUACGUAGUGUAGUUUGUAUUUUGUUGAUAUAUUUUACAUCCACUCUGCUGAUUGAAGAUUGUCAGGUACAAUAAAUAAAUCGUAAAGAGAUUUAAAUGUUUUUAAUAGUCCGCUGGUAUGCUUAACCAUAGAAGGCACGAAAAAUGAGAGUAAUAAGUUUCUUAAUUUUAACUUUAAUUUCUUAAUUUUCAGUUUUACCUGAAAUAUUUUCUUGGGAAUUUUUCCCUUAAUGUGAUAAAAUGUCGGGCACGUGUUGCUGUGGAUGGUGUCCCCUGGGGAAGGGGACUUUAGCCAUUGGAAUUUUCUAUAUCAUAGUACAUUUUCACUCCAUAGUAGAAAACGGUACCAAGAUUAUUUCCCUGAUCGGCACAAUUUAUUAUUCAAACGCCCAGCCCGCCCUAAACAGUCCGCAAGGUGACACCGCUUCUUCCGCCAAGGAACAACUCGCGCAGCAUUUAGUUCUAAUUAUCCCGGGAGUCGUGUCCUUAAUUUUGAGUUGCGUCAUGGUGCACGGUUAUCGGAUGCGUAAUUACCGCUUGAUCACGCCGUGGUUGCUCUGGAGCUAUGUGUCAAUUACGCUCGGCACGAUGGGAGAUGUUUACAUAUUCGUAACAAUAGCUCUGAGAGAUGGACUACCCCUCGUGGGAUUUUUAAUUAUGGCCAAACUCGGUGUUUUCUUAGCAAUCCAGAUUAAUUUCGUCGUCGUUGUGAGGAGAUUCGUGGCUGAGUUGAAAGGAGAUUGUAAAAGUGUACAGGAAAAGUGGCAAGUAUGAGACAGACACUCUUAAAAAUAUUUAGGGUUGCCUUUUUGAAAAGUAUGUAAAAUUUUAAAUUAGCUACGUAUUUAUGUAAACUCGACAAAAGUUAACCUGUAUAAUUUUAACCAAGAUAAAAGUUUACUUUGUAUUUAAGGAUUGAUUCAUAAGUUGUGGCAAUGUUUUUUGGUGUACUCUAGCUUUAACAGAGACUCAAAUUAUUAUGAAUGAAUUGUUGCAUAUGAUAGUCCAACCGAUGUAGUGUUAGGGUUUUAGUUUAAAAAGGUUGGCAAUUAAACUAGAACAUCAUUAGACAAAAAGAAAAACAAGUCCAAGCAAAUUUAUUGGUGCACUUUUACAAAAAUGCUGCCAAAUUGGACGAGAAAAAGUUGCACGACCACCUCAAAAAUGAAAAUAUUCUAAAUCGCUCAAAUUGCCGUUACAUUUCAAUGUAUGAUGCAACAAAAUCAGCCGAGUUCAAAAAAAUUAUUCAUCACCUGGUGUGGCAGGCCACAUCCAAAGUCAUCAAAGCAGUGCCAAUAGUUUUCAGGGAACGCUCCUUACGUUAGAGAACCUAGCAGCCAAACGGGUAAAGAUAUCUGAACAAACUUUUCGCCGAUUUAAAGCAGAAUGAUAGGGGAUUACAACAUUUAAAAACUAAUGCCUCAAAAUACAUUAAAGAGGAAAAAUUAAGAACCAAAAUGGGAUGCAACUAAAUUUGCAAAAAAGUUUAAUCCAAAAUACUUGCUAGCCGUGACGAAGCGUACAUUGAAAUAACGCCACUGGAAGAUUGCAGAUAGAAUUUUUUUCUUGCUACAAGUCAUUGGGAUUUCAAACAUGAAUGUAAGGUAUUUCUCAAAGCAAAAUUCACAAAAAAUUACCGAUUUAGUUAGCAUUGGACGAGAAUGGAGCAAUUUCGGAGCCCUUAAUUACGGAUAACACCACUCCCUCAUCUCUUUACUUUUUGGAAUGGGACAAACGCCGAUUAAUCCCUGUAAUAAAUGGCCAUCGGGAAAAUACAGUUUUAUUUUUGCCGAAUAUAGCAACUUGCUACUAUAGUCGAAUUGUUACCGACUACCUCAAGGAGGAAAAAAUCAAUUUUGUGGCUAAAUUGGAAAA